CUUUACGAACGAAAAGCUCCCACUUGUUUUUCCUUGAACUAUAGAUGUUAAGUGAAACUCACACUUCGUCCAUGGAAAAGCCGUUUUCCAGAAAAAGAGGAACGUUAACACAAACAGACAGACAGACUCACGACAGUGACAUCGCCUGCCCCCCAUCGACAUGGACUGAGUUUGGCUCAGCGAUUAUAUAGCGGAAUCAUUGCGGACACGUUCGGAGUCAUUUCGGAGUGUGCUUGGGAGUAUAUUUAACUUCUUCUGGGUCUAGUCUUAUGUAUUUUUUUCAUUGGCUGAGCGAUUGGCGAAGCCCAUAACUCCACUGACCGGAAAAGUUUCAUUCUGUUUGUUUGUUUGUCUGUAUGUCUGUCCGCACGAUAACUGGAGAAAGAACUGAGAUAGUGACCUGGGAUUUUCAGGGUCGUUUUGUAUCACAAAAAGACAGAUCGAGUUCGAAGAUGAGCAUUCUAGCUCACAAAUUGGCUGUUUUAAAAAUCAAAAACUUCGCAAAAUGUAUUUUUAUCAAACAUUUUUUUAUGGGUUUCUUGCUCAGUUAAAAAGACUUCAUUUCGAAAAAUUGUAUAUACACUCCUAUUACCUCGUCUCGGGUGUCAGCGCCGCAGGCCUAGCUAUAUGUGCGGCAGGCGCGUCGCAGCAUAACAGUGUUUCGUGAGAUAUCGCGAAGCCUGUUACGCGAGACGUGGUCUGGCGUACAUAUAGCUAGUAGGUGUGUUACUGGAUCCAUAAGCUAACAUCAGUAACUUAGAAGGGACUUGCAAUAACUUGCAUGUAUUCUACAAACUGCGGCACACACAGCCAAAGACGUUCAGCGUAUGAAAAGAAUGCUUCGGUUUUUGAGUUAAGAUUACGAAGUAGACAGCAAAGGUACCUGACAAAAAGAAAGUUCAAAGCAAGCCGUCACUCAAACCGUUUUCCGAUAGAAGCUAUAUUACAUUACACCAUAAAACAUCACAAGGGACAGGCCGAAGGCCCCUUUCAAACGCCGCCGGUAGGGCAAGCUAGGCCUGCUCCCUGACGAAACUUGGUUUGCCGGAAGAACGGGCCUAACCUGUUUCUUCGAAGAAAGUUUCAUUUUUUUCAAAUUUUUCUGGAAAUAUUUAAAAAAAAUCCAUUUCUGUUUAAAGGUUUAAUUUUUGGCAGAUGGGGGGAAAAAGAUGAAGCUACCUAACCGAAAGGAAGAGGAAGAAACCAAGCGCACAGCAGCAAACACAAAGUCACCUCGUCCAUGACAAGUAGAAGAAGUUCUGAAAAUGGCACGAACAGUGGUAGCUUCACAUAUUCCGAUCGUCGCUUUUCGCAGGAACGACCCGCAGCGAAUUUUGGGCACAUCUCCCAGAUCCCCCACAUUUUUUUGAGUGUUUUGAGUUUUUACAUGGGUUGACCAAAACCGUGGAACGUUUAACAACAGUUUUGAAGCGGCCUUUCCUCGUUAAAAGGGGGUCGCCGAACCACUGGGAGAGGGGGGGCUUUGGCACGGGAGAGUGCAUGAUGCUGGUUGGAUGUAGUCAACACGUGAGGUCUCGACCACUUUCAUACAGGACCGCGGUCUCUACAGAGCAUCCGCGCAAGCCGUGGCGCGCAGGUCGAAGUGGGCCCGCGAGCUCAGCAUGGGAAAUUCGGUGCUGGCCGUGCUUGUCUGCGUCGUGCCCACUGUGCUCGCCCUCACCUCGCUGCGUGCCUCCAUCCAUUCGUACGCCGGCCCGUACAACAUAAUGUUCAGAGAGGCGUCACAGUGCCCCGAAGGCACCGUCCCCAAGGGCGCCGUGGGGGGAAACUUUACGGGCUCUCUCCACCAUUUACCGUCUACCAAGUACCCAGUGUUCGACGGCCAACUAAUUUUGAUGAGGGACGUCGGCGUCGGCGAUGUUGGGGUCAAAGUUGUCAUCGCCAAGUGGGACAACGUCGCCGGCUGGAGAGAAAACUUUUUCCGUAUAGAUGCCGGCGAGGUCUGCAAAGUGUUCGCCACUAUUGCGCACGACGCCAUUGCAGAAGUUUCCCGCCUCAACCCCAAGUUGCCCAAGAGCUGCCCUUUUCGCAAAGGUACAUACAUUCUCCGUAAUUUCAGCAGUGAGAUUGUACAACGCUAUGAACACUUUCCGGUCUUCCCCUACGGCCGGUUCAGGGGAGACCUUUAUUAUUAUGACAUGAAAUCCAAGCAAACAGUCGCAUGUUUCAGAGGUGUCAGCGAUAUUGUUCCGAAAGUGGAGAAAAGUUGAUAUAAUAAAGUGUCCAAUCAGAAGGCGAAGUUGACAAAUGAUCGUACUCUAAAAGCACCCACCAGCUCCUACCCCGCUUCCAAGCCCUCGGGUACAACUCGAUAGAGUUUUUCUUUUUCCGGCCGAGCCGGGCCAUGGCGAGCAGCGCAGCGGCAAACGAAGGAACUCACCAGGCGGUGCCGCCACCGCGCGGCCGAUUCAAAUAGUGCAAGUGCCUCCCGUCUGCCAUCUUCUGCGUGACGUGCGGAAGGAGCAGGCCACGACGGAGUCCAACAUCAGAUGGCUGCCCUUGGGGCGCUCCAUCCCCAUUCGAGAGCCCCAAAGGAAGAAAUAAAAGAUAUUCACCCACCGGCUCCAGCGCACCGUGCUCCGCUACCAGGAGCACAAGGAAGACGGUAGUUGUGUCCUUCCUCUGGACGUGUGGCUACAAGUUUUCCCUCUAAACGUUAAUUGACUCGUCCUAACACCAAAAUCCCAUAUGCAGCGUGCGGAGUACACAAUGUCCUAUCUGCAGAGUGUCGAAUACACAAUGUUCUAUCUGAAAAACGGGGUUGGGUGCAGCCCUUCACUUUUGUGUGGUUUACAAGUAACUAGAAGACAUUAAGGCCAAUCUGCGCACACGGAAAGAAUUGUAAAGGUCCAGUGUUUAAUUAUUGACUGCAAAAAGUGAAGAAGAACGAGCGGAUACAUAGUAAUAAGCAUUUCUUUAGAGGUAUCCCGAAACCCGUGCUUUGCUGAUAGAACAUUGUGUAUUCGACACUCUGCAGAUAGGACACUGUGUAUUCCGCAAGCUGCAGAUAGGAUCCUGUUGAUAGGACGCGGCGUAUUUCCCCUUUUUGAUUUUUAUUCUUCAAUUUUACAAUUAUGUUGAUUUUUUGUUUUUGUUUUUUAUGUUUUGGACUGAUUUUAAACUGGUUGUAAUUUGGACUUUAAAUUUUUGGAACUAUAAAUGCUUGGGUGAAACGUACCAUUUGGUCAAAUGUUAUUGGUUGAAGUGCAAUAGUAGUAAUACGGGCCCCUGCUCAAAAGGCCCCAGAUCAAAUGCACCCCUCCCCCAAUAAAUGGACUCUUUAAUUCCCCCUCCCCUCUAUUUCUCCCCUCCGGCCACCCCUUCCCCCUCUGAUUAACCCCUGGUCAACGCGACCCUCCCCUCUCUCUUCCUGCCCCCACUCUAGAUCGGCACUUGGCCGUGUGGGGCUUGCGACCUACAUGCUGCAUAAGAGGAAGGGAAAGGGAAUUAGAGAGGAAAGGGGAAAGUAAAGGGGUAGAGGAAAGGGUUAACUUGUGAAAGUAGAGCCCUCUGGGCUUCGCUCUACCGGCAACUCGGUUCGGCAGGGAGCGGGCCUAGCUUGGCCUGCCGGCGGCCUUUGGGUGAAUUUUCAUGGUGUAAUAUAGCUUCGGCCCGUUUGAGUGACGGCUUGCUUUGAACCGAGGGCUCGCCAACUCGCAAAAUACUCCGUACACGGGUCCCGUAAUACCUCUAUAAUACUUCAUAAUACUCCUUAGUAUGUUACAAAAUACCCCAUAAUACCUUAAAAUAUCUCAUAAUAGUCUAUAAUACUUAAUGAUAUCAAAUAAUAUGACAUAAAAGCCCUUGAAACGUUCCAUAAUACCGCAUAAUACUAUAAUACUCCGCACACUGCUGAGGAGAGUUGGCGACCCCUCGCUUUGAACCAUCUUUUUGCCAGGAACCUUUGAUGUCUACUUCGUAAUCAAAACUCAACAAACGAGGCGUUCUUUUCAUACGCUGAACAUCUUUGGCUGUGUGUGCCGCAGUUUGUAGAAUACAUGCAAGUUAUGCCAAAUCCCUUCCAAGUUAUUGAUGUUAGCUUAUGGAUCCAAUAACACACCUGUGAAAAAAUAUGGGUAGGUGCCGGAAGGUCCCCUCACCGGAAGGUCCCCCCUGAAUAUUUUAUUAUUUUUUAAAUAGUUUUUGAAUAAAAUAUUUAAAAAUAAAAAAAAAUAUUGUAAAAUAUUAAAAAAAGUAUUCUGGAGGGCCGAGAAAUUUUUUAUACUGCUCCCGACGACGAGUUCGGCUGUUCCCGCGCCGCAGCCGAGUGUUUGAAAACCAAGAUGGCCAAGAAGCCCUGUGACCUGUGAUCCGUCUGCUACUGUGAAAAAAUAUUAGUUUAUUAUUUCUUUCGCCCGGUUCUUUCGCCUUUUCGUCCUGGUUGCCUUUCAUUCGUCGAUGGUAAAAGCAUUUGGAUUUCCCGCACUGUGAAUUGCUUACGAACUAUAGGUUCGUAAUGCAAACCAAAACGUUCGUAGCUUACGAAGGAUUUUGAAGCGUUGUGUUACGAACUAAGUGUUCGUAAGCUUACGAACAAAUACUUCGUAAUGCGAACCAAUUGUUCGUAAGACCCGUCUAGCCUUACAAACAAUCGCUUUGCAAUACGAAUAAUUUCUUUGCAAUACAAAGAACGAAAAUUGUUCGUAACGUUGCAAAGUAUUUAGUUCGUAAGCUUUUAACAGUGCGUGUGGAAUAAAAGUUGGUUAAAAGAUCGUCUUGUCGUUGUUUGCGAAACGAAUCACGACUACAAAACGGUAAAUUUACAACCAAUUUAGGGCGCGAUAACGACAAGAAGGCGAACUUCUUGCGUAUCGUAUCGUGACAUACUUUCAAAUGAGAACAUUUUAAUGAAGUUGUUGCUGUUAGCUCCCCGUUACACCUUCUAACGCUUUACAGUUCAGAUUCAGUGGUUAUACACGAAUGACAGCACCUAUAUGCCGCGAAAAUAAACGUUUCGUCUUCGAACGGCGGUUGUUAAUCGAAUGACAUCAACUAGUUUAACCAAUCGCUAAAAAGGAUGAGUACAUGAACAAUGAAAGUCCCUUUAAAAGGUUAAGAAGCCCUGAUGGCACUUCUGAAUGACAAGUUCUACAUCUGCUGAUCGACACUGAACGAAAUCUUUAUUAUUUUUACAGAAAUAAUUUCUCAUUCAUUGUCAUUCAAACUACCGGCUGAUUAUAAAAAAGAAGAGCGUAUGAAAAGGAGUCAAAGUAAAUAUCUUGCAUGCUAACUCCCCCACGACAACAACAACAUGCAUGGCCGUCUGUCAACACCAAUAUGACGUCACUUCCUGCUCCGGGGAAGUUUGCGAGAAUGAGGGAAUCGUUUGAAUAGGUAGAUUGGUAAACCCUUGAUUUUAUUUUUAUCAGGAAAUUAUAAGUUAACACAUUAUCAACACUGACAGGUCACAAUAGGCUCCAAAGUUGACUGAUGGACAACCCAAACGCAAAUAACAUCAAAACAGGAAUAGAGAAUAGAAGGGGAUGAGAGAAAAAACCGGUUGAUGUGUCGUUUAAAACAGCCACCAGUACCUGUCUAAACCUAAAACUAGCACAUCUCCUUCUAGUGGAACAGACAGACACACAGACAGACA